CCUCCAUGCUGAAAUAAGACACAGGCCUUUCUCACUCUCAUCUUCAAACCGAGGAUUCUCCCGCUGCCUCUUCGUCUCACCAGACUGAGAGUUAUCAGGGCCGAUGGGUGGAAGCUGCCCUGAGGGUCAGUACCGGGACGGCUUGGUGAAAGAAUGCCUGAGCUGUCGUUUGGUAUGCCAGCAACCGCCUGUCAUCAGCAGGUGCAUCACUUUUUGCGACUCUACACAUUGCAAGGGGCUGCCCGGUCACUACUACGAUGCGCUGCUGAAGAGGUGCAUGAGGUGCGCUGAGGUUUGUGGCAAACAUCCAGCAGAAUGCUCCCAGCACUGCCACACUACGCCACCUCCUGUGACCACGAAAAUGCUCGUGGUUAAAGUCAGCCCCCACCUGACGAACUCCAGAGGGCUCUCGGUGCCGAUGGCCCUGGAGGACCCCACGCUCUUGCUCUACUCUCUGCUGGCACUGUGCAUGGUGCUGCUGUUUUCUAGCUUGUCUUUGGCCCUGGCCGUCUUGCUGAGGAGGUCCAGGGCCAAAAGCUCCAAGCCGAAACCCAAGGAGGCCAAACAGAAACUGGCUGUGCAGCCAGGUGAAAAGCUCAUCAUGCGAGAGGGGCAGCUGGGGCACACCUCCAAAAAUUUUGUAACAAGUCCAGGCUGCCCCCCGAACCGUGAGCAGUCAGACGACUCCAUCCCGACAGAGACGUGCGUGUGCGUCCACUGCUUCCCGGACCUGAAAGCACUAGGCCAAAGCAAUGACAAGCCACUGGGACCACCGUUCUCUUUCAACCAGCAGGCUGGCUUCCCAGUAGCCCAGACCAUGAACGGCAGGCCUCUCUGGACUGAGCAGAGCCACCACGAACCGGGAGGGGGAAGCAGUGAGAUAAGGUUCCUUUGCUCCCCUUCAAAUUAAAGUGUCUCGCAGCAGAACUGGAACGGAUAACCACGUCCCCAACGCACCGGAGAUGUUCAUCAGUAUAUGAUAAGAUAAGAUUUUACAGCAGCAAGAGAUCGGCCAAAAAUAGACGAGUACUUGCAAAUAAACAUGCAAUACUUAAAAUGGCAGGGAAAUGUCACAAAUAUAAAUGGAAUAAAGACAAAUUUAUACAGUGUAAAAACAGAAUAUAUACAGUGUGAGAAUAUUUGCAGUGGAACUGGAUUUUUGUUAAAAUUUUAAAUGAAAAUAUGGUCUCAAAGCAACACUAUACAUUUUUCCCCCCGUUAAAAUAGUAGCCUCUAAAUUAGUUUGACAGUAGAUUGAGUAGGAAAUGGGAGAAUGGGGCCACUUUCGUUCUCACUCGUCACCAUGAACAUCUGCCCCUGCACUAUUUAACUAUAGUGAGCAGGUACGAUCUCCUGUGAGAAGUGUGAAACUGACAGUUAGUUGCUGCGUUAAUUGUCAGGAUCAGGCCCAGCGAGUUCAAGAGUCAUGCUGAAGUGUAGAUCAGCUAAAAGGCCUUAGGGAGCUUUAACAACUUCCUUGUUUGGUCCGGACCUUCGGACUUCUCAGCUUAGUCCAAACCAAAAUACCAGGAGGGAAAGGAGCCUCGGACCACGGUCCAGAGCCAUGGACCAAAGUUUGGUUCAAUCAAAAGAGGUGGUCUCAGUCUGGAUCAAGCUGAGCCAUGGUUCGGUUUGUUUGCAGUGUGAAAACACUUUGAUUAUUCAGACUUACAGCAGAUAUGUUUGAAUGAUAAGGAUGAUAGUUAUAAUACUACAGUAAUAUUACAGUACGAAAUUACAUGACCAUUUCACACAGCCCAGCAACAUCUGAUUGCUUACUGACUGUAAUCACAAUUUCAGAAAGGCACGUUUAUGACUGACUCAUGUUUUUAUUCUUCGUUGAAACAAGUAAAACUCAACAUUCAACAUACAACACAUGACAAACUGAGUUAAACUGUAAAUUAGUAAGCAAUGAAUGGGCAGAUGACACAAUGUGUUCAUCUAAAGAAAGGAGAACUUGUGGUAAUAGCAGUGACUCAGUGCUUGAGAACAAUCUGCCACUAAACUGUCGUGUUCUUUUUGUUGCCACCACUGGGUGUCGCCAAAGUCAAUAAUGUUCAAGUUCGUAUUGGGACUUCAUAGCAGACACUGUCUGUAUUAUAGGCACAGAAUAUUGUGUGUACGUGUAAUAUAAAAAGAACAUGUUUCAUAUAUGAUAAAUAAACAAGCAACACAAAGGA